AUGCAAUACCUUCCAGCAAAGGACUACAAUGUCCCGAACAUCGACCUCCUCUCCUUACUGUUUGAUUCCCCUCUCUCACUAACCACGGAAACUACCGUUCUCCACGCCGAAGCUGCAGAUCCAACAAACCACAUCACCAAAGCCCAAGCCCAAACCAUCACCAAGCGCCUCGCACAUGUAUUCCGCACCGACUUUGGAAUCGGAAAUAAUGGCACCGGAAAAGACACAGUUCUCUGUAUCUCAUCUAACCAAGUACUUCUUCCAGCGGUGUUCUUUGCCAUCAUCGCCGCAGGGGGAGUGUAUACUGCAGCAUCGACGGCCUUUACAGAAUCGGAGCUAUCUCGACAGAUCCAACAGUCAAAAAGCCAAUUGAUCAUCGCUAGUGCGGAUAACGAAGCGAAAGCUCUGAAAGCGGCGCUUGCCUGCGGGAUUCCCGUGGAACGAGUUCUGAUCCUCGAGAGCUCAGGUCACAGACGCUUGCUUCGGGAUACAGCUGACCCCCAGAGAAACUAUCUCCAGAGUACUAAAGAGCUGGACUGGGAGCGAGUCACAGAUCGAAUCGAGCUAGAAACAAGACUCAUCUGCCUACUAUUUUCGAGCGGCACUACCGGAGCUCCAAAAGGUGUUAUGCUGUCUCACAUGAACCUUGUUUCUGAGGCAAUUAUCCCACAAUUGGUUCUUCGCGAAUCUAGAAAGGGAAAACCGCAUCUUGAAGUCCCUUAUCGGACGAUUGGUCAUCUGCCUACUGCGCAUAUUGCGGGUUGCCAGGGAUAUUUUAUUACUCCUGCCGUUGCGGGAGGUACCGUGUACUGGAUGCCGAAGUUCAAUAUUGACGAGUUCAUGGACUAUUGUAAAAAGUAUCAGGUUACGUUUCUGGCUACUGCACCGCCGGUCUAUCUUGCUGUUGCGGAGAGUUCGCGGGUCACGGAUCAUUUCAAUAGUUUGAUCCGAGCGGAGUCGGGGGCUGCGCCGUUAUCUACGGAGGUCCAGCGACGUGCGGAGAAGAAAUUGGGCUGUUCGAUCAGUCAACGCUGGGGAAUGACCGAGUCUACUGGAAGCGUGACCACGAUGCCCUGGGGUCAAGCGGAUAGCACGGGGAGUAUCAGCCCUUUGCUGCCGAAUACGAGACUCCGCAUUGUGGAUGAGCAAGAUAGGAAUGUUGAACAAGGAACGGAGGGAGAAAUCUUGGUUAAAGGGCCCAUGGUCACUAAAGGUUACUUUGAGAACCCAGAAGCUACUGCAGCGGCUUUCACACCCAGCGGAUGGUUCCGAACAGGAGAUAUUGGCGUCUGGAAGGACGACAGAAUUUACAUGGUGGAUAGAAAAAAGGAACUUAUCAAAUACAAAGGACUUCAGGUCUCCCCGGUAGAGGUAGAGGCUUGUCUCCUUAGCCAUGAAUUCGUAGCAGAUGCUGCUGUCGUUGGAGUGCCAGACCCGUCAGCACCGGGGAACGAGCUUCCCCGAGCAUAUGUCGUGGUAGAGAACAAUAGAAGCAUUUCCGAGCAAGAAUUAAAAACACACGUCAAGUCAAAUAUGGCGCGCCAUAAGCAGCUUCGGGGAGGCGUGAUGCAUGCGACCUCGAUCAGCGCCCCAGUGCGCACCGCGAUGGUAUUCGGACGCAUUUCCUCAAAAGCCCUCCCCUCGGUUGCAUUCCCAGCCAAUUCAACGGCACUGUACCAGACCCUCUGCCAGGCACGACCAGCCAGUACCUCCGCACAGAUCAAGACCAGCUUCAAAGCGCCAUGUGCUCGUCCCCAAGUCCAGAUGCCCACUUACCGUGUUGCGUCAAUGCGGACGAACUCCACAGUCUCGGAGGCAACUCGCAAGGAAGCCGCCAAGCUGACCUGGAACUCGUUCUUCCAGCUCCGUGCCUCUCGUCGUCGCUAUUCGCUCGCUUCUUCGGUUGUGUCCUCGAUGGCUAGUACUGUCAUUGGUGUGCAGGUUCUUUCUAGCCAGGAUCUUGAAGCUUUGGGUGCGCAGGUGAUGGGUCUGGACCCCUUCGUUGUUCUGGGAAUGGCAACCGCGGCUUGUGGUGCUGCAGGUUGGUUGAUUGGGCCCUUUGUGGGUAACGCGGCGUGGGGGUUGGUUAAUCGGCGGUAUAGGCAGGCCUUUAUGAUCAAAGAGAAGGAGUUCUACGACCGAAUCAAGCGCUUCCGCGUUGAUCCCUCUUCGAACUCCAUCGCUAACCCCGUCCCUGAUUACUACGGCGAGAAGAUCGGUAGCGUGCAGGGAUACCGCCAGUGGCUGAAGGAUCAGCGUGUGUAUAACCGCAAGAGGCGCAACUUUAUCCUCUAG